GACCCUUCUUGAUUGGAGUUUCAGAGAGAGGAAAAAAAAAAAAAAACACAGUAACACAGAGAAAGGAGAGAUUGGUUGUGGCGAAGAAAAAUGGACGAAGAAGAGAUUGAGAAAGCGGUAAUUGCGUAUCUGAAGAAGAAGGGUUUCAAGCAAACAGAGCUCGCUUUCCAAGAAGAACAGCAACACACCAAGAACUCUUCUUCCAACUCCGCCAAUUCCCAGACCGACCCCGACAUUGCCAAACACAUCCUCUCAGUUACCGAACCAGAAAAUAUUCCUGCACAAUAUCAAGAGGGAUAUAGCAAGCUAAGGUCAUGGACUUAUAGCUCACUGGAUUUGUACAAGCAUGAGUUGCUACGUGUACUCUAUCCAGUAUUUAUACACUGUUUCAUGGAUCUUGUGGCAAAAGGUCAUAUUCAAGAAGCUCGAAAUUUUUUCAAUAGCUUCCGUGAAGACCAUGAGAUGAUGCAUUUACGUGACCUCCAAAAGUUGGAAGGUGUACUUUCUCCUUCUCAUCUGCAGGAGAUGGAGUUUGCUCAUUGUCUGAGGCAGAGCAAAGUAAAUAUAAAGAUAUGCCAGUACUCUUAUGACCUUCUGCUGCAAUAUUUACACAAGUCUGAGUCCAUUAUAAUACUUGGUAUUAUCAAUGAGCAUAUUAACUUCCAAGUUUCUCCUGGACAGCCUAGUUCAAUUUCUGAUGAUGCAGAAGUUGUUACACUUGUUGGGAGCGGCCAAGAUGCAGCAAAUCUGAUAAAUCAAAAAGAAAUACAUUGGGGAUUGCUAGAAGAUUCAUUAGAAGAACGUUUGGAGAAAGCAGGGGGUUUGCUUUCAGAUUCGGAAAAGGCAGAAGGAGAAACAAAGGAAGGGGACUUGGAAGAGAAUAAGAAAAGAUCAGUUGAUGGAGGAAAGCAAGGUGCUUCGCUCAAAAAGUUGAAGAAGGACAAGAUGGUUGGUGCAACAGGGAAAGCUGCUCGUACUGAGGUCACAACUGUAUCUGUGGCGCCACGUGUAAAACCAGAACUUGCAUUGCCAGUAAUGCCAACAGAAGUGGAACACUCUAUCCUUGAAGACCUAAGGAACCGCGUGCAGUUAAGUGGUGUGGCACUUCCUUCAAUUAGCUUCUAUACAUUUAUAAACACACAUAACAGUUUAAACUGCUCAUCAAUAUCUCAUGAUGGAUCAUUGGUUGCUGGUGGAUUCUCAGACUCGUCACUAAAGGUUUGGGACAUGGCAAAGCUUGGGCAACAAAUUGGCAAUUUGUCAGCUACUUUGCAGGGUGAAAGUGAUUUGGCUCCCAGUGAGCAUUUACUUGGGGAGAACAGUGGAAGAAGACCUUAUACAUUAUUUCAGGGUCAUUCUGGGCCCAUUUAUUCAGCCACUUUUAGUCCUUUUGGGGAUUAUCUGCUAUCCUCUUCAUCAGAUUCAACAAUUAGAUUAUGGAGCACGAAAUUAAAUGCAAAUCUCGUUUGCUACAAGGGUCACAAUUACCCUGUUUGGGAUGUUCAGUUUAGUCCUGCAGGACAUUAUUUCGCCAGUGCUUCACAUGAUCGAACUGCUAGGAUCUGGUCUAUGGACAGAAUACAGCCUUUAAGAAUAAUGGCAGGACACUUAUCUGACGUCGAUUGUGUACAAUGGCAUGCAAACUGCAACUACAUUGCAACGGGAUCUAGUGACAAAACAGUUCGAUUGUGGGAUGUACAGAGUGGGGAGUGCGUUAGGAUUUUCAUUGGUCACAGAAGUAUGGUUUUAUCUUUGGCAAUGUCACCUGAUGGUCGUUACAUGGCAUCUGGUGAUGAAGACGGUACGAUUAUGAUGUGGGAUCUCUCAAGUGGUCGUUGUGUCACCCCUUUGAUGGGUCACAACACCUGUGUAUGGACACUUGCUUUCAGUUGUGAAGGAUCGCUUCUGGCAUCUGGCUCUGCUGAUUGCUGUGUAAAAUUGUGGGAUGUGACUGCUAGCACAAAGGUGCCGAAAACAGAAGAGAACAAAACUGGAAAUACCAACAGACUCAGAUCCUUGAAGACUCUACCUACCAAGUGCACUCCAGUCUACACUUUGCAGUUCUCUCGAAGAAAUCUUCUCUUUGCUGCUGGGGUUCUCUCAAAAGGUGUAUAAAAUGCUGAGCAGGUUUCAUUGGCAGGUGCUGCACUAGUCUUCAGGUGCCCGGUGCAAUGUCGUAGGUUUAGUAAACAAAAAGUCUUGUGUAACCUUAGGCCAGAUUUUGUUCUACAUUUUCCUUUUCCUUCUGUUUUAUCCUUUUUACCUAUUUAAGAAAACUUAUGUACAAUUUUCUUGCACACUGUUUGAACUACUGGAGGACACUUUCUAUACUGUAGUUUGUGGUGUAGAGAUUUAUCCUAUAAUUUAUGUUUUAUAAAA